AAAUGAUCUGAUCAGAGUACUGCCGGUUGGUUUUCCUAUCCUAUUCUCAGAUGCCAGCUGCACUGCAACAAGUGAGCAAGAGCUUUCAGAACAGCAGCUCCAAAGUACUUCCACUCCAAGUGGCGAAUACAACAACACUUCAUCCAAUGUAGCUCCUAAGCCCAGAGUUUUCAAGGGCAAAGAUGACUGCCGCUUUACUACCUUUAUGAAUCAUCCUGAAAUCUCUGAAAUAAUCAAUGAGUAUUUUGAAAAAAUGAAUCUUGCCCAACAUGGAGACUAUCUAAGGAAUAGACAUGAGAUUCAUGAAGUUGUGGCAAUGUCGCUAUACCAUUAUUGCAUGCAUAUGAAAUGUGGACUUUUAAACGAAGAUGGUAGUCUCAAAGAGGAAGCAAUUCAAGAAACCGAGGAGUUCCUAUGGGAUUCUUACUUAUUGAAAUCAAAGCUUUAUCUAGCAGUAUCAGAGUUCGAAUUUGACCAUAUUCCGAUUAAGACAUUGAAGUUCCUCAUUGAUCAUUGUGGGGUUAAGGAA